UAGAAGGUGGUAGAUUGCGUCUAUGAGCAGUGCGGGUAGAAUAUGGGUUGUGGGAAUGAUGGUCGUAGUUAGCGUGACUUGGCAUGACUCUAGGACUCUUGCAAUACGCGUUUCACGAAGAACGAGUUUUUUCUUGUGAAUUCUGAAUGUCAAGUGAAGUCCAUGUUGAAGUUGAAUAUAUCAACUAUGUUCGAUUGAGAAAACUAGAUCUAUCGCAUCCAUAUCUAGAUAAAAAUGUCAGCUGAAUAUAGUCGAAACGUUUUAAAAAUAGUAGUUGCUCAGAUCUGUCAGACGAUAGGAUGGCAUUCUAUUAAUUCUACACCAUUGGAGUUUCUAACAGAUCUUUUGCAGGAAUAUCUGUUACGUAUCUCAAAGCUCACACAUCAAUAUGCCGAAGUUUUGGGAAGAACAGAACCGAAUCUUGAUGAUUUAGGAUUAACAUUUCAAUAUAUGAAUAUUGAUAUACAAGAAUUAGCUGAAUAUGUGAAAAAUGUAGAUUCUGUUCAAUGUCCUAUACAAGUACCACAAUAUCCAAUUCGACGUGAAAAUCAUUUAAAUUUUUUAAAGCCGGGUAGUCGUGAAGUUGUCACGAGAUCAGUGCACAUACAUGAACAUUUACCAGCUAUGUAUCCAGAUACUGAAGAGGAGUACAUACCUGACAAGAAUGAAAGUUUAAUGAAUGGUACAGCAGAUCUGACAUCUAGCAGUGGAACAUCAUCAGGCAAUUCAAAUAAUGCGUCACCUCAUAGGAUGUCGCCACAGGUGGUUUUCAAACGGCCAGGCGAUCCGGUGUCUUUUGAAAGUCCCAUGGUAAAGCGUGCGAAAAUUUUAGAGGAAGGUAGACCAUUACGUGAGAUAAGCAGUGUUAUGAUGACCACUUCUGGUUUUUUAUCACCCGCGCGAGAAGGAAAGCUACCCGAAGCGAGAACACCGCAUCAAGUUCGAUCAGAUUCACCGCAACCAAGCUCUUAUCCGAUGGUACCGCCCGAAUUGAAGAUUGAUAAGAAACCGAAGAAAGUUGUGAAGAAAGCUCCCGAGAAUCGUAAGCUUGACAAAGAGAACAAGAAGAAGAAAGGCGCGAAGGAACUGUUCAAGCCGGACAAGAUUGAUGAGAGCAAAGUGAAGAAAUUAGUCGGCAUGAAAGAGUUGGCCAAAUUAAAGCCGUUAAAGCCAGGCGGUGGCAAGGGACAGUCUACCACGUUACAAGAACUUACAGGUGGUAGCAGGCCACCUACGCCGAAGAUCGCGUCACCGAAAUCAGCUACCAGUAGUCCGAAGGCGUCGAAAAUAACGCAACCGAAAAUCAAGACCGAAAAGGUACCAGAGCUAAUAGACGUCUCUCCCGCUGUCGAAAAGAAGGAGGAAACUGUUGACAAGUUGCCAUCGGAGCCGGAUAAACAGAAACUAAAUAUCUUCAAGAAGAUAUCGAAACCACGUGAAGAAAAAGACAAAGAGAUAACGGAGCCGAACAAAUACAAAGAUAUUCUGGAUUCGCGUGAGAAUUCGCCAGAGUUGAUCAUAGAUGUCGAAAAUGCGGACAAGCACGUACACCGAAACGACGCGGAGCCGAAAGGAGGACGCGAAGAGAAGAAAACACCUCAUACACCGGAUGUGCACAUACAAUCGGACAGUGAUUUGGCAGAUGUGCAGAGUUUAUCAUCGGAUGUUUACAUAUUUGAUGAUGCUGAUAUUUCACCGCCGGGUACGCCCAGUACGCCAAAAACUCCCGAAUUGAAUGUACCCACGGUACCGGAACAGAAGCGGAAAAAGAAAGAGAAGAGUAGUAAAAAGAAAGAACCUAAAUUGAAGAAUCCGAAACAAUGUAUCAGUCCAAAAAAGAUAAAACUCUCGAAUGAUGCAACAGAAUUGGAUAUACCGGAUCGGCCCAAGACACCGCAGGCACCCGAACCAAUACAGCCACUUCCGUUCCCCUUUUUCCCACCAUUUCCUUCGGCACCUGGUUUAAUUCCUCCGAUGUUUCCGCGAUUUUCAAUGCCACUCGGACGAGGUGGACCGGGUCCUCAUCCCGCCAUGCCCAAUUUACCAUUACCGCCGCGUUUUUCCAAUCCAUCCAUAAAGCCCGAAGAUUUUCCAUUGUCCAAAAUUAAACCUAUAGAACGUGAGAAGCCACUGAUUCCUCCGCCGGCCGAGUUAACGCCUCCGUCGAUUCUAGUCGAAAAUGAGAAGGCGGAUAAAGAGAAGGUGGAUAGUAAGCUUACGAAAAUGUUUAAGCCAAACAAAGAAUUGCCUUUCAUGAAAGUACCUGAGAGGGUACUGCCUGUAGGCGUUGCACCGCCUAUAGUGUCUGCACCUCUCGCACCAAUUACGCUUGCUACACCAACAGUACCUGUCGCGCAAAUGCCACCAUUGAAAAAUCUUAAAGCUGAGAAAACAGAGAAGAAUGAUAUGGUAAAUUCGAAGUCUAAAGAGCAUAAGAAAGAAAAGAAAGAUAAGUUAAAGAAGAAAAAGGAUAAAAAAGAGAAACAUAAAGAUAAAGGCGAAAAAGUUAAAGAGAAGAAGGAAAAGACUGAGAAGCGCGAGAAAUUGGAAAAACUCAAAGAAAAGAAAGAGAAAAAGGAAAAGAAAAAGGAGAAAGAUCCAAAUAAGAAAAAUAUGAAGGAAGAAAAGAAUCCAGAAGCUGUUCCAAAAAUUACGUUAAAAUUAGGUACAGCUUCUCCUAGACCGGCAACUCCAGAUAAUGCCCCUAUGAAAAAAAUCACUAUUAAAGCACUUGUGAAAAAGCCCGAUGAAGAAAUUAAGCGGGAACCUAGUCCAGAAUUGGCGAAAAUAUCGGCAUUGAUAACACGACCACCGAAGCAAAAGUCAGCAAGUAAGAAAACAGAGGAGGGAAUAUUAGAUGGAAGCCUUGCUCUUCCUACAGACUGUUUCUCUCUUACUAGCGCGCCACUUGCAUCAGUUCCUCGAGCAAAGAAAUCUAACUUCCAAAAUCUAUCUCAGAGUGAGCCAAUACCUUCACCUCAGUUUGACAAUCCUUCUAAACUCCCGAAUCCUCUAGUGCCGCCACAACAACCACCAUAUUAUUUUGAUCGAGGAGGUCGGCAAGUGUGGAUAUGUCCUGCAUGCGGCAACCAGGAUGAUGGCUCGCCAAUGAUCGGCUGCGAUGAUUGUGACGCUUGGUAUCAUUGGGUGUGUGUUGGUAUGCAAGUCCCACCGGCUGAAGAUGAGGAUUGGUAUUGCCGCUUUUGUAUAGCGAAAAAACAAGAAUUACUUCACGAUAAGAAGAAGAAAAAACGAAAAAAGAAAGUGAAAGUAACGGCCUAGUAUAAGUCAACCGGGUCUAACUGCAUAAGACCCGGUGUAAUUAUACCAAGCAUUACCAAAGUCAAAGCGAAAGAUAACAAAGACGGAGUGAAGAGUAUAAAAACGAAAAAGGUGCCCAAGA